AUGCCUCCUCAAACAAAAUAUGCUGUGCCUCCUAUUGAAACAACAGGCUUUAGCGUUUUCGUACGUACUGCAUAUGCAGCAAGAUAUAAUUUUGCCGUUGCAAAUUAUAAUGCUGUAUCCACUACUCAAAAAUUAAGUAUGUUUGGUAACCGUUUACUUUUAUUUCGAGCUAUUGUCGCUGUUGUUUGGAUAAUAUCCAUAACUUUUGCAAUUCUUACUAUAAUUAAACCUGGAUUAGUUGCUGUUACUAUUGUUUUGAGUUUGAUAUAUAUUGCAAUAUCAAUUUAUAAUAUACAUGUAUUUGUCAAUAAUAGUAAUCUUCUACAUGCAACACGUCUUUUACGAGCUAAAGUUGGCGGACCAAGUGGUCAUGAUUAUGAAUGGGUAUCUGUACCACUUGAUUCACGUAGUGCAAAUGAAAGAUUAUCAUCUGUUGAGCAAUCAGCACUUGAUAAUGUUCGAAGAGAAUUCGGAGGAAAUAAUAAAAGUGAAAUUGAUUGUAUGGUGUAUACAAAACGUUAUGCUGAUAUAUAUCCUGUAUUUCCUAAAGAACUUCUUUUACAUUUCAUUGCAUUUUUAAUAGCAAUUAUAAUUGGUAUUACACUAACUGUAGUUAAAGCAAAGUUUUUGUGA